GGAUUCGGUGUACGCAUGCGCAAGCUGAACACGAGCCAUGCACCAUCUGCUCCUGGCCGGGGUACAGGGACAGGCUUGAACGGACUAGUUUACCGCGUUCAGUUAGAAACGAAGUGUUCAAGCAAGACUACAACCAUGUUUCUGUUCCUGAUAAUAAAUGUUGCUAUAAUAUGCACGUUCACGGGUCCCGCCGAGGCUCAGACCGCACUCGAUACGGACGAGUUGAGGACGAUUAAAAACCAACUAAAUUUGCUGAUGGAAAAAAGACAACAGGAUUACCAGCAGUUGGAAAAAUCGCUUUACGAAUCUCUGAAAGGAAGCACAGACCUCGACGCGUUGAAAGAAGAAAUUAAAUUAAUCAGGGAUGAACAUACGAGGAUGGCCCAUUCUGGCAACGAUGGGGUCCGCGAUAAAGUAGCCGUAGGAUGGCUAAAGGAAGUGAUUGGGGGUUUAAGAUCAGAAAUGCAAGCGGUGUGGUCGGCCAUCAACGAAACGGCGCAGAUACACAAGACUGUAGCCAUACAAAACGAUCUGCAAGCACUGAGGAAUGACUUGGAUUCUGACCGAAAAGACUUGCAAACAAUGCAAGGAGAAUUAAUGUCAGUUAAGAAGAAUGUCGAAGAAAUAUCAACUAAACAUUCCGAAUUGGAGAAAAAGAUUAGCAUCAUUGCUAAACAUCAAAACGUAAUCGAUAAAAAAAACAACGAAAACGAUGUACAAAUGGCUUACAGCAACGUAUAUAAACGAGUAGCGUUUGAUGUUGAUGACAACAACAAUAACGUCGAGCGUCUGCGGACGAACGUCAUCACCACUUUGGUGACGGACCGGGAGGCGCAGGAGCUGGAACAGCUGGAGUCGUCACGCAAAUAUCUGGCACACCGAAUGGCCCGUCUGGAGAAGCGCAUGAAGGGCGUGCUUUACCGUGAGAGCACGACUGUGGAGCGGGAAAACCGUUUGUCCCGACUGGAGGCUGACCUUAACGCCACCAAGGAAGCGCUGGCAUUUAACGCCACUCGCCAGGAUGCCACACAGGACAGGCUGCACGGGUCCUUGCUGGAGCUGUUGGAAAGCGUGGAAAAUCUUGACGACCGCGUGGACGCGUGUCUGCCAGAAAUGCGCAAAGAAAUAUCGAAAAUAGAAUUCACCGUGGCCCGGAUAAACGCUUCUGUGGCUAUCAUUAAGGAAGACCAAAAUAACCAAAUGUUGACUGCAAAGGCCCUCGGCGAAGGGAUGUCGGCCAUACAGAGAAAAAUGACCAAGUACAACAGUGAAAAACAAAUUGAGAAAAUGGUUACCAUCCCUCAUAUAAAAAAAGAAAAUUGUACGGAAUGUACACAUGCAAUCGACGAAUUGGCCACAUUGCAAAAUUCAUUUGAAAGAAUUGUCGACGGACUUCCCAAAGAUUGUUCUAAAUUGAAGUCCCCGGGAACAUACCUGAUAGCACCGGAUGGAAAAAACCCGUUGCUCGUUCAAUGCGACACAUCGGAUGGUAUGUCCUGGAUCACAGUGCAAAAAAGGACCAAUGAUCAUCUCAAAUUCAAUAACAAUUGGAAUGAGUAUGCCAAAGGAUUCGGAAACUUAUACGGCGAUUUUUGGCUGGGCAACGACGCUAUCCACCGUUUGACGGCGGACAACGCGUCUUCUCUGCGCGUCCGGAUGACUGACAUAUACGGUAACAAUUGGCGGGCGGACUACUUGAACUUCUCGAUAUCGAACGCCACCGAUGGUUACCGACUGGACAUUUCCGGUUACCGUGGCAACGCCACCGACGCACUGUCAUUUCAAAACGGCCACCGGUUCAGCACGGCAGAUCGCGACCAAGACGCCAGCACGGCAAACUGCGCGGCCAACUAUGAGGGUGGCUGGUGGUACUCGCGGUGUCAGCACGCCAACCUCAACGGCAAGUACAACUUCGGGCUGACAUGGUUCGACACCAGCCGCAACCAAUGGAUGGCGAUCGCUGAGAGCGAGAUGCAAGUCGGACGUCCGGUGUCCACACAAUAAUAUUAUUGUAGACCACUAUUAUAUUAUGAUAUGAUAAUAUUAUACCUAACCUAUUAUAAUACCCGCGUCGGAAAUACGUUUAACCCACACGUGUGCUAGUCAAGUGAAGACAAUGUUGAGUUUAUAUUAUUUAUAUCUGCGUAAUAUUGUCAGUUUCAUUUUUUCUAUUUAUAUUUCGAACUGAUUAGGUAAUAGUUUUGAUAAUUUGAUUGACAUGUUAAUAAUUAUCAGUUAUCACUUUAGUCUGUAAGGUUAAUAAAUACACCUAUUUUCAAGGUGAAUUUCUAUUAUGUACAUAUAUGUAUAAUUUACACAAACAUUUUUUUUUGUUAAAUUUUGAUCUCAAAAUAUGAUCAAUAAACUCUUAAGUAGGUAUAAGUUAAUAUUAUUGAUAGUUACUGAAUUAUGUUUUUUUUUUUUAUUAUAAUUAUUAUACAUAUUGUAUUGAACUGCACAUAAUUAUUAUUUAUUAUACAAAAAGCACAGUUUUUAAUUUUAAAAGCACUGAUAUAAAUUAAAGUACAAAAAUAUAAUCCACGAUAUUUAUGCUCAACACGACAUUUAUAUAUAAAUGGUUACAUAAAAUUAACUUAAUUUGUAUUGUUCAUAAAGUACUGAAAAUAACAUAUUAUAUUUUAUUACGUCAACAAUAAUAAAGGUAAUAAAUAAUAUUUGAUUAUA